AUGUCCAAAUCCAGACGAGCUCUACAAUCUUUAGCCAAGUCUUGCGUUUUGCAACCAGCAAAGCAGUUACAACUAGGAGGAGCAAGAUUUUCAUCCUCACGAGUUCAGGAUUCAAGUGCAUCCAACCCACAGUUAUCAUUCCCCUGCUUGGAUAAGCGAGAAAAGAAGACAGAGGAGUUAUCGCGGGGUGUUUUCAAUCUGUCGGGUCCUUCCUCAAGCUUAAAGUCGGGUCCAGAACCAAGUUAUGGAUUUGUACGAACAGGUUUCCAAACUUACAAGUCUAGAAAGCCGAUAUUCCUUGAUUAUGGGGGACAUCUACCUGAGUACGAAAUUGCGUACGAGACAUGGGGUAAGCUUAACAAAGAGAAAUCGAACUUGAUAUUAAUUCACACAGGUCUUUCAGCCUCCAGUCACGCAAAGUCACAACCCAAUAACACUAAACCUGGAUGGUGGGAAAAUUUUAUUGGAUCGGGAAAGUUUAUCGAUACGGACAAAUUCUUCGUGGUGUGUACAAAUGUUCUAGGAGGUUGUUAUGGAUCUACUGGACCCUCUUCGAUAGAUCCGGCAAAUAAUGAAAGAUAUGCGACAAGAUUCCCGAUUUUGUCAGUUAAUGACAUGGUGAGAGCCCAAAGGGAGUUGGUACGUGACGAAUUUGGAGUUUCAAAAGUAUAUGCAUCGGUUGGUGCAUCAAUGGGUGGGAUGCAGAGUUUAGCUUAUGCGUGGGAGUUUCCCAGUGAAGUAGGCAAGAUCAUUAGUAUUAGCGGUUGCGCUCGCUCACACCCAUACUCCAUAGCAUUGAGACACACUCAGAGACAAGUUUUAAUGAGUGACCCGAACUGGAAUCGAGGAUUCUACUACAAUGGCAUUCCCCCUCAUGUGGGCAUGAAAUUGGCCAGAGAAAUUGCGACAGUAACAUACAGAUCCGGCCCUGAAUGGGAAUACAGAUUCGGUAGAGCAAGAGCUGAUGAUUCGCGGCCUCCGGCCUUGUGUCCCGAUUUUUUGGUGGAGACGUAUUUGGACCAUGCAGGAGAGAAGUUUUGUUUAGAAUACGAUGCAAACUCGUGGUUGUAUGUUUCCAAAGCAAUGGAUUUAUUUGAUUUAGGUGAAAACACCAGGUCGAGAGCUAUUGAAGAGAAACAAAAGAGCGAACAGGAGUAUAAAUCAGCUUCAGGAGUGUCCGAGGAGUACGACGUUGUUCCUAAAGAGCCAUAUAAGGAGAAAAGAACCACUUCAAAAUUUAGUGUUGAAGAGUCAUUGGAGGAUUUAAAGAGAGGAAUGCAAAAGCGAUUGGCAAACAAGGAUGUGUUGGUCAUCGGUGUCGAGUCAGAUAUCCUCUUCCCGGUUUGGCAACAACGUGAGAUUGCAAAUGUAUUAAGAGAGAAUAAAGAAAACAAAACUGGUCGGAUCGAAUACUUUGAAUUAGGAAAUGAUAUAAGUAAUUACGGCCACGACACGUUCUUGUUGAGUCUUGAUGAUAUUGGAAAGCCAGUGAAGAAGUUUUUAGAAAGUUGUAAAUAA